UGCCACCCAAAUCCUGACAUCCUUACCGCUGGCCCUUGCCGCAGUACCUCUCUCUUUGAUUUUCAUUACAUCCUGGCGCUCUACAGCCACUAAUUCGCUCCAUCGGUUGGAGAAUUAUCGGCUUCGUCGACGAGAAAUGGCCAAGUUAAAAUCGCAGUCGCCACAAGAAUUGUACCGUGCGAGGAGACAGCGGGAGGAGAGGGUCGCUUUGCUUCCACCGGGUCUUAUCAACAACGGAAAUACGUGCUUUAUGAAUUCCGUGCUCCAGGGUUUAAUUGCGACGAGGCUGCUCUCAGAUCUCAUAUAUUUCAAGCCCAUCUCACCUACUGACCAGUUCCAUUCUGAAACCCAUCUUGCUUCACGGAGGUCGCCGUUACUCACGAAUGGGGUCAAGGCCGCUGGGAAGGAUAAGCAGGAUUGGGUGGCUACCAUGCCCAUUGGGGAUGUCUUUGUAAAUGUAAUGCUCAAGGCCUGGGAUGCGCAGAGGAAUAAGCGGAGGGAGAGUCAGAGUCCGAGGGCACUUCUUGGCGUGCUCGGCCGGAAAUACGACCAAUACCUUGAUUUUGCACAACAAGACGCCCACGAAUUCAUGCGUAUCCUGCUUGACGCUAUGCGAAUGGAGGAGCUCGAUGUCAUAAAGAAACGGCAGCCGCCAUCACCGCCCGAGAAAGCCAAGAGACGCCGCAGGCGGACACUGACCUCGUCCAACCAGAAGCAGGAUGACGAUGACAAGUUGCUGUCCUUUCCUGACAUGAUCUUUGGGGGCAAACUCACGAGCGUUCUGGUUUGUCAGAAAUGCAAGCAUGUAUCACAGACAUACGAGGACUUCAAUGAUCUCAGUCUCAGUAUCAAACUGGAAGACUAUGCAAAAGAACGCAAACGUGAUCGAUUAAGGAACCUAGCGAAACGGCUGACUCCUGUGUUCCCUGCGACAUCUAACCUUGGCGUAGACAAGGCACCAGUGCACCGCUCGUCGUCAGCCCCACCGAGUCCUAGGGAACCAGAACAUGACGAGCCUCCCAUAACAGACGAUCCUCGGCGGAGAAGUCUGGAUGCAUUGGCGGAACCAUCUGUGGAGCCACAUGUGGAGGAUGAAAUAGUACAAGAUCCGACAGUCUCCGAGGGUGAGAAGCGACUCGAGUUUGGGGAUCUACCGAUGCCGCAGAAGAAGGAUAAGGGCAAAGAUGAUGGAUGGGCCAAGCUGGGCCGCCGAUUUAGUGUCAGUGUUGGGUUAAGUAAGGCCGCCAAAGAGCGCAGGAGCCGGUCGAAAGAGAGACGAUCUAUCCAGGACUUUUCACGUCCAGGUACACCGUCGGCGUCAGCCAGCGAGGACGUGUCUUCUUCUGAAGGGAGACAUAGCACGUCUGAGGCACCUUUGAUUAAUCCAGAGCACCCGGACAUACGAGAAGUACCUCAACCCCGUAUACGUGCCUUCUCCCCACUCCAUGUCAUCGGAACGCCGUUAUCCAGGGCUUCGAGUACCACGUCCAUCCCUCGCAUUGUCAACAUCACUCGAGGCAAAUCUCCCAAGCCUCCGAAGCCAUCUCAAGCCGAACAAGCGUAUUUGCGAAAGAUUCUAGCGGAUGUCACGUACCAAUCAGCGCCGAAUCCCUUUGCUCUUCUCAACCAUCUCAAUGGAUCCUCUUCGAGUUCCCAUCACCAUCCCAGUCAUACGUCGCAGCAUAUGUGGUUGAAAAUGGGUCAGCUUCUAGGUAUUGAGGAGUGUUUGAAAAUGUUCACUGCUGUAGAAAUUCUUGAUGGGGAGAAUAUGGUCGGCUGCAGGAGAUGUUGGAAGGUCGCGAAUGGGCUUUACAAACCCAGAUUACAGCACGAUGAAGGGGAUGCUGACUCUGAUAGCCUUGAUAAUCACGAAUCACCGCCGCUUGAAGAGCCUAGGCUGCGGACGCCGUCCUCAGAGGCAUCCACGAACGAUCUCCCGACAUCUCUAUCAAGUCCAAAUAUUCCGCUUUACUCUCAUUCAGAGUUCAGCGACACUGCAGCGUCCAUCGUAUCAUUACCGACAACGAUUGCGGGCUCCACGCCGGAUUCCGUCGUGGGUCUAAAACACAUAUCCUCUCCAAUGACCUUUACCAGCGUUAACGGUACCUCAACCCCUGGUGGACUGCCAAUUCCGUCAAUAGCGAUGACAGAGCCACCGGGACCUGGCGAUGUUCCCUCGGCCCCCUCAGACUCGGAUGACGGCCCGAACGAUUCAUCCUUUCCAAAUGGCAAUGAUAAUACCCCUUCCAAUGACAUACCCCCGACUGAACUAUUCGCCUCAAAACACUCUCUUUUACCUGCGCCCACAUACCGUCAGUAUCAAGGCCGGCGAAGUGUGGAUGCUUCCGAUGAUAGUUCCGAUGGUGGCGAUAGCGAAGCCACGUCUGGAGAGUCUGGGUCUGCACCGAAGGCCCCCAUUAAGAAAAAGCCAAAACCGGUCAUCAUGCGCCCCGCGUACAAGCGAUACCUCGUUGCGACUCCUCCGCCUGUCCUCGUCGUCCAUCUGAAACGCUUCCAGCAGAUCUCCAAGACGACGAUGAUUUCCUUUUCAAACGGCUUCAAAAAAUUGGACGAUUAUGUGACGUUUCCCGAGAUCUUGGAUUUGACGCCUUUCCUUGCGCCCAAGAAGGAGGAUUUCUACGACCGAGGGUUCAAGUCACACACAAAAGAGAUGGAGAGAUGUUUAUACCGCCUGUAUGCGGUGGUGGUGCAUAUCGGUAACAUGCUGGGAGGCCACUAUAUUGCUUAUACUGCCCUUCCAAACUCAAGUCCUGGGGAGGACAGUUUGAAGACGCCCACUUCUGCUGAUUCAACGCCCCAGAGAUCGCAUAGACAAUGGGCUUAUAUUAGUGAUACGAUUGUUCGACUGACGACCUUGGAAGAAGUGCUCAAGGCCAAGGCGUACAUAUGCAUGUACGAGCGGAUAUGACCCAUCGUUUGCAUACCUAACUUAUUAUCUUUCGGACUGUUCAUGUAAGUAACCAUUGUAACACAAAAUAGAAAAAUGCGCAUUGUAAACGAUAGUAAUUGGAACCGCGCUCCG